AUUUCAGAUGUGCAGCGCUCAUAUGAACCCCACUGACGUUCAAUACAUGUCGACCGUGUUGACAGAAAUACAACAAAGAGACAAGCUGCUUGUAGCGACAUGAUAAAUACUACGUUGAUAACCAAGUAAUUUACCUAAUGUGUAAGGCAGCAUAGGAUAUCGAUACGAAUAAAGGUGGCACAGGUGUGAACACAAUUGGAGAGCAACACAGAGGAAAGGACAUACACAAGACGUCCAACUGGCUAUUUAUAUAGUACUGGCUUGUAUUCAGCCCUGUUUGACUUUUGAACGAAAGUGUCACCCUGAAGUGUUACUUUGUCUAUUUUUUUUUUUUUUUUUGCUCUCAGAUGUGCUGGAGUGAAUCCUACGAGCCAGACAAAUGUAUAAAUGAACCGAGACUGGUCUCUCUGAUCAGAGUUUUACUGCAUCUGAACAAGAAAGAGUGAGAAUCGGCAGCCAAAAGACCACAAAGCACUGUUUUUGCAAAGUAAUAUUGCAUAUGUGUAGACACACAAAAAGAAAGUUCUAGUCCUGAGAAGCAUUAGGUCUUUCUGUGCUUCACACUGCCUUAGCAGACUAGUUCUUUAUCACACCUGUCCGGGUAUAAUUAUCUAUACUGCGCGCAGGUGUGCGAUAUUUAUGCAUAUAAAUAUUUAUUUCUCUUCUUUUGGAAGAGCUCUUAUAAUACACCUUGGGUGGCAGCAUUGCUCUUAUUAAUAGAGCUUAAGCUGUACGUUGAAUUUGUAAAUAUCUCAUAAGAUUCUUUAGUGAAACUUUUUUACUGAGACCUUGUGGACACUGUGAAUGGCUCAUUAGGUCUUAUUAGACCUUGAUAAGGCAUUAGAAAGUGAAAAAGACUUGGACAAAAAAUCUAAACUGACAAUACCCACAAAGCAGUGAUAAAAUGGCAACAAGGAUGGAGAAUGCUGGCCCAGCUGUCAUGGGGUUGAACACACACAACAGGCAGUGUAUAGGACAGCCUAAAGCCCCCUCUCAAUUUGGACCCCAAACUGCAAUUGCUCAGCCUGGAAAGGAGCCCAUGGGGCCCCAGAAACCUGCCAGUGCAUUUCAGGAAGGACCUGGCAUCAGGUUUGGUGAUGACUGGAAAAGAAGCCUACAGCUUCCCGAUAAGGACAAUAGAGUCAAAACUUCUGAUGUGACUGCAACCAAAGGAAAUGAGUUUGAGGACUACUGUUUAAAGAGAGAGCUGCUGAUGGGAAUUUUUGAGAUGGGCUGGGAAAAGCCCUCCCCCAUUCAGGAGGAGAGUAUUCCUAUUGCCCUCUCUGGACGCGAUAUACUGGCUCGUGCCAAAAACGGGACAGGAAAGAGUGGUGCAUACCUGAUCCCCCUGCUAGAGAGAAUUGACAUGAAAAAGGAUUAUAUCCAGGCAAUCGUGAUGGUUCCCACUCGUGAACUAGCUCUGCAGGUCAGUCAGAUCAGUAUUCAGAUCAGCAAGCACCUGGGCGGUGUCAAAGUCAUGGCAACCACAGGGGGGACCAACCUUCGAGAUGAUAUCAUGCGCCUGGAUGAGACGGUUCAUGUUGUAAUAGCAACACCUGGCAGAAUUUUGGACUUGAUAAAAAAGGGCAUAGCCAAAGUGGAUAAAGUUCAGAUGAUGGUUAUGGAUGAGGCUGAUAAGCUGCUCUCUCGGGACUUUGUGAUUCUUAUUGAGGACAUCAUUGGUUUCCUUGCGAAGAACAGACAGAUACUGCUCUAUUCAGCCACGUUCCCCAUCAGCGUACAGACGUUCAUGGCAAAGCACCUGCAGAAGCCCUAUGAGAUUAAUCUGAUGGAGGAACUGACCCUAAAGGGCAUUACCCAGUACUAUGCUUACGUCACAGAAAGACAGAAAGUCCACUGCCUCAACACGCUGUUCUCCAGGUUGCAGAUCAAUCAGUCCAUCAUCUUCUGUAACUCUACUCAGCGAGUGGAGCUUUUGGCCAAGAAGAUCACGCAGCUGGGCUACUCCUGCUUCUACAUUCAUGCAAAGAUGAUGCAGGAAUACAGAAACCGUGUUUUCCACGACUUCAGAAAUGGACUCUGCAGGAACCUUGUUUGCACAGAUUUAUUCACUAGAGGCAUUGACAUCCAGGCAGUAAAUGUGGUCAUCAACUUUGACUUCCCCAGGAAUGCAGAAACGUAUCUGCAUCGCAUAGGACGCUCAGGAAGGUUUGGACAUCUGGGUUUGGCAAUCAAUCUCAUUACCGCUGAGGAUCGUUUUAACCUGAAGACCAUUGAGGACCAGCUGAUGACGGACAUAAAGCCCAUUCCUGGCAGCAUCGAUAAGAGCCUGUAUGUGGCAGAGUUUCACUCUGUGGACCCUGACUGUGAGGUGGAAGCAGAAGCAGAGGCAUUUCAGCCUACCGGAGGGUCUGACGCCCCUUAGGGAGCACCAUCAGAGAGCAGGACAGUUGGAGAAAUUGAACCUGACUUUUGCACAAGCAUCUGCUAUUGCACAAACCAGUUACUUCUCGGCUCAUAUCUUUCCUCAUCUUUUCCACUUCCACAGUAUUUUUUUUUUGUUUUUGUUUUUUUGGUCCCUGUCAAUGUUUUGCUCUUUUGUUUGCAUUCAUUGUUCAUUUUUUGGGGGUUAUGCCUCUUUAUAAAUGACUAUACAUUCCAGUUGAGACUUGCAAUAAUAAAAUCUAAGCAUUCAGAGAACAGUUCGUGUUUGAUAGAAAACAAUAAACAAAGGUAUUGGUGAAAAUAGAGCGCAGAAUGCUUGCAUCAUUAGUUGAGAAUUUAUACUCAAACCCUUGAACAAAAUAUGUUUAACCCAAGUGCCUUAAUAAAUAUCAUCUCUGUCUUAGAUUGAAAUAUGUCAUUGCUAUGUUGAAGUAUUCCCAAAGACUAAACCGCAGGGUUUUGCAGCAUAUUGGUGCUACUUGAUUCUGUGAUCAUGAGAAACAUUUUCAAAUUCUAUUCAUAUUCAUAUGUUUGAGGCAGCUGUAGAAACCAGCUUCCAUUGAAAAUUGCAGAGCUCAGGAUUGAAGUGUCAACACUAAUAUUGCACUAAACUGCCUGAGGAAAAAAAAUUGCAUUCAUUUUGGUGAUUUGUGAAGUUUUAUUGGCAGUUAUUGACAAAUGGUUGACAGUAUUGUUCAUUUUGAAACCAUUAAGAAACACGGCGGUAAAUUAUGGUUUCAAACAGAGACGAUUUGUGGAAAUUUUUGUAUGUUUUGAUGAGGGUUUUUUUUUUUUUUUAAUAAAAAUUUGAAACUACUGUAUUAGAUAUUCCUAAUUUAAAUGGGCAUGCCAAAACUGGCAAAAUGUAAAAGAUGUCAGACUAUUACAUGAAAGCUGAUUUAAGUCGCCACAAAUUAUGUUUCUGAAUGCAAUUAUCAAAUCCUUACAUUUUCAUCCAAAAAUACGUCAAAUAUUUGUCAAAAGGGGCUGUUUGGUUCAUUUUCAUUUAUUCAAAGGUUGGUGAGAAGAGCAUUUUGUUGUUCCUUCUACGUUGCAUCUUUUACAGUUUUCAUUUCUUUAGAUAUUAAUGAAUGUAUGAAGUGGCUAAUGAAUGGACUUUAUGACAUUGCUAUUUCCAGAUAUUUUUAUUUUUGUUUGCUAAAAUGUUUGCUUUUACUAAAUUUUGCCUUUUCAUAUUCUGUCUAGUGAAUUUUUGUGAUAAAAAAACAUACAAAAAAUAUAUACACAAGUACAUAAAUAUACACAUAUUACUUGGCAGGAAGGAGGUACUUUGGAUUUGUCAAAAAUGCUUUUUAAUUCUAUUUUGAUGUUUGCAAGAGGAACUUUUCAUAAAUUUGUUUCAUUUAUGAAUUUUUUUUGAUCAAGACAGAGUAUUUUUGUAGCAAAAUUGUAGCAUCUUCUCAGUGGCAGCUGUGGUUCCCCCCCAGAGAUGUUCUUUAUUGUGGAAAAAUAGUUAUUGCUAAGCAGGUAUCCCUGCUGUGGCAUGUAGCUUAAAGCUUUAGUGAAACUUCAGUUUGCAUGUUUCUUGAACUAUUAAAACAGCGCAGUGCAGGCAAAUGAGCAUUGCCCAGUUAAAUUAGGAAACCUUGAGCCAGAUUAUAAAUCUCUGCUGAUGAUGCUGUGCUGUUGAUAUUUGUCCAUGUAAGUUUAGUUGAAGAUUAUUCGAAAUGGACAAACUUUAAUUCUUUAUCCAUCCUGCAGUGAUGAGCUGUUUUUUUCUUUUUCUUUGUUGCUAUUGUUUAUGGUGAGGGUGUUUCUGAAAAUAAAAAUGUAUAUAUUAUUAUAUAAAUAAAUGUGGGAGCAAA